CUCUUUGGAAAGGUUUGGAUACGCUCCACAAAAUGCCAAACAACAAAGUGGAGGACCUUCUGAAACGGUACGUUGCCUACAGCAUCUGCUCAUGCACACCCACAGCCUACAGCGUCUGCACAUGCACAUCCACACGCUACAGCGUCUGCACAUGCACACUCACACGCUACAGCAUCUGCACAUGCACACCCACAGCCUAAAGCAUCUGCACAUGCACAUCCACAGCCUACUGCAUCUGCACAAGCACACCCACAGCCUACUGCAGCCUACUGUAUCUCUGCAUGCACACCCACAUGCUACAGCAUCUGCACAUGCACACCCACAGCAUAAAGCAUCUGCACAUGCACAGCCACACGCUACAGCGUCUGCACAUGCACACCCACACGCUACAGCAUCUGCACAUGCACACCCAAAGCCUACU